GAGAGGCAGGCAGAACAUAUCAGUUACGUUGAAUGAUAAAAGCCUGGGCGUUGACCUAGUCCUGGCAUUGAAUACCAUUAGUUUCCCAAAAUCGGCAUUCCAGCCUUCACACUAGAUCUCCGGCUAAUAUGGCAAAAUACUCAUUUGCUCAAUAAAUAACCUACACCAUAUAUCCGCGAGUAACAACUUUGAGAAAAACUUUAAAAAGACUUUAACAGGAAAUGUAGGAAUGCACCAUUAAUGUAUCAGGUUGAUAAACUCUAGGCCAAUAAUGUCGUUUAAACAUCCAAUAGAGGAGGUGGCAAUAUGGUAUUUCAAAGUUUGUUUAUGACCAACAAAAAACACGAAAUAAGGAAAAAUCCCAGUACAGUUGGUUGAUAGUGUAUGUUGCUAAAAGGAAAUAAGCAUUUUCAGUGUCAAGGCUGAUCUACCGCUACUGGUGUUUUAAAUGUUCCACCUAGAUCACUAAAUCUUAGCUUAACUACAGGUUAUCAAUUAUUUUUAAAGGUUGGUUGAUUGGUUAUUUUAUCGGUAUUGGAUAGAAGGAGCGGGAAAAUAUAAAUCAUAUGUAUUGGAUGAAAAACAAAUCCAAAGUCAACUCAAGGACAUGUAUGUAUGAGACUGAGAUAGUAAAAAAAGUAUUUUUUCUUUUUGCUGAAUAACAUUUCAAAACACAGUAGAAUGAAACGUUCUGACUUUCAGACAUAUCAUGACCUAUUUGAAUGAGACGCAACUGAAAACGGUGUAUAAACCGUUAUAUAGCAAGCAGGAUUUACUUUAGAGUUACUUUAUCAUCUAUUAUUAGGUGUUAAUCAUACAAAUAUAGAGCGAAUUUACAAAGGGGUUGUCACCACGCAACAAUCACGCACACGCUCGGAAAUUAAUUUUGGUCAGCGCUACUUGCCGUAGCCCAACACCUUACGUCACACAUAACAAGUAUGGCGGCGGCCUCUGAGCUCCUGCUCUCUGCUGCGUCGGGUUAGAAGCGUUAAAACGUCAGUUCAGAUCAAGAUUUAUCAACAAACACUAACUGAGUUUCCUGGUCAAAUAUUUUUUGGGACAAUUGGAGCCAUUUAACCUCCGGGGAAGAUGGGGCUGGAGCGGUUGUUUCGCGGGGCCCUGGAGUAUUACUCCAAACGCGUCCCCCUCGUCAACUUUCAGCAACAAUUCAGAGUCCUUCAAAAUGCGUCGAUGUGCAGGCAGACAUCGCCGAGCACGUCCAGCGUGGUUGGCCGGGCUACAAGUGCAGCGGGUCAGUGCGGCAGGAUAUUCGUGCCGAAAAGUCACCGCGGUGUCGCUACAGACACGGCCGCGCGCCUCUGCACCUCCGCGCAGCCCUCCAGAGACGUCACCUUGUUCCGGCACGACAGGACGCGCUUCUUCCGCCUCCUCGGGCUCUUCUGCGGCGGCCAGUUUCUCUUCUGGACAUACCUGGGCCACUUCGCUUACACCGGACUCCGGGACACGGGGUCCGCUACGGAGAAAGGGAGAGCCAAGACGUCCACCACCACCACCGGACUCGCCGGGAUGUGGAGUUUCGAGAUGAACCUGGGAUCGAACACCUGGAGGUUCGGCUUCACGCUGGGAUGCCUGACUGUCGGCGCGGUGAUUGUGGGCCUCGGGGCCCUGUUUUGCAGUCGCUCUGUCAGCCAGGUGGUUUUGCAUCGCGGUGGGAAGAUGGUGACGGUGUCCACGCAGUCCCUCUUGGGACCAGACCGAGGCCGCAGAAUAACAGUGCCCCUGUCCCAGGUAGCCUGCCACGCGCACAGGCACGAGUCCCCCUCGUUCAUCCCCCUCAGGGUCAAAGGACACAAGUUCUACUUUCUUCUGGACAAAGAGGGGACUGUGAACAACGCCAGGCUGUUUGAUAGCACUGUCGGGGCUUACCGACCUCUCUAAUUUGUUGUUACUAGUUGUGUUCACCAAGGGGACAAAGUUUUUAUAUGGCUGCAAAAGAAAUGUCAGAUUCGGUUUCGUCUCUUCAAUUGAAUAAAAACCUAAUGCGAUAAAAAUUAACUUAUUUUGGGCUCAUUUAAAGAUGUUUGAGAUUCAUUUGAAAGUAUUAGUAGCCGAAGAAAGUUGCUUGAUCCUCCCAAUUAUGUUCAUAAUAAUUUCCUUCAUAUGCGUCUUCUACAAUAACUAACACCUGUAAGGCAAAUUUGUGACUAGCCAUAUAAAUACAAUUGACAUGACUAUUCACUUAAAAGUUACUAUUUUGAAUAUUCUGUGAAAUUAAAAGGAUCAACGUC